CUCUCAGGAGAAAAUGAAUCAGAGUACUUCUCUCUGCCCAACAGCUGCAGAUUAUUUCACUUCAUGCGCGAUUGCAGCAACUACCGGAGGCUGAAGGGAGGAUCCAGGGCUUCGUGUUUUCUCACUGACUACACCCUGCUCAAGUGUCCAGGGACUACUUCUGGGGUUCCAGUUCCCUCUGUAAGGCGCAGGCCUUCUACAUAGGAUAUGGUUGUGGUUGUGGUCUCUGCAUUUGAGGAGGAGGAGGUUUGAAAGCAUGCUGGACCCUCCCAGCAUGCAGAUGUUCCACCACCACCUGAUGUUGGUGAAAUGGUGGAUGUGGAGGCCAAAGAAGCUGGUCGCUCUCUGCAGCCGCAUCCCCCCCCCAACUCCUGAUGAGGAAGAAGAGGAGGAAGCUGUCACCAGCCCCCGCCAGGAGUACUCGGUAAAUAAAAAAUCAUGCAGCUGCAGCAGGCUGACCAAAGGGCAAUGCUGGAGAUCAACACUCAGCAAAAGUUAAUACGGGAGCAGCAAAGGAGGUUACAUCAGCAGCAGCGGCAUCUGGAUAAGAAGCCAGCUACACAAAUUAGAACAUGAACUCGACGAUAAACGACUCUGCCAUCGAUGACCUCUACGAUUAUAUGUAUGAUUAUGACGACUUUGAAGAGGGACCUCACAAUGAAGUACAAAUGCAUGCACUCCAUGUGGCAUCUCUAGUGAUUUACUCGCUAGCCUUUCUUCUCGGGGUACCAGGGAAUGUCAUGGUUAUCUGGUUCACUGGAUUUAAAUGGAAGAAAACUGUAAGCACUAUCUGGUUUCUCAAUCUGGCCGUUGCAGAUUUAAUCUUUGUAUUGUUCCUGCCACUGCACAUCACAUAUGUGGCUACCAACUUCCACUGGCCUUUUGGGAAGCUACUUUGCAAACUGAAUUCUUUCAUUGCUAUUCUAAAUAUGUUUGCAAGUGUAUUCUUUCUAACAGUAAUUUGCCUGGACAAAUACAUAUCGUUGGUUUGGCCAAGCAUACAGAGGCAUCGGACAGUGAAGAUAUCAGGAGUUGUAAGCGGCUGUGUGUGGUCGAUAGCUACUUUUAUUGCUAGCCCUUCCUUGUACUUCAGAGACACAGAGAUGAAGAGGUCUACUAUUGUAUGCUUCAACCAUUUCCAUGAAACAGAUUACUCUAUUGUCCACAAGAUCCAUACCUCACUAACUCUGGUAAAGUUUUUCAUUGGGUAUCUCUUCCCUUUGCUAACCAUGGUUACCUGUUAUACAAUCCUAUCCAUCCGGAUGAAGAGACGAGCCACACAAACAAACAGUAAAUUCUUCUGGAUGGUCCUAGCUAUUGUGGUCGCCUUUUUCCUUUGUUGGACUCCUUAUCACAUAUUUAGCUUGCUGGAAUUGCAUAUUCACCAUAGUGACGCAUAUAGUGAGUGGCUUAGGAUUGGAAUCCCCAUUUCUACUAGCCUGGCCUUUGUUAACAGUUGUGUUAAUCCCAUCCUUUAUGUUCUAAUAAGUAAAGCAUUCCGGACACAUUUAGAGGCCUCGCUAGCAGAGAUAUUUAAGAACACAAUACGAGACAUUAGCCAGACAGGCAUUAAAAGUGAUGACAUGGUCCUCUCCGAGAACAAUUUUACACUUCUUGAAACCAUGACUUGAAGCACAUGAAUAUAAAAAAAGUAAUAUAUAUUAUCUAAAUCUAGAUAUUAUAUCAAUAUGUAGAUUGUCUAUCAGAUAUUUUUGUGAAUUAUAUAAAUAAGAUUGUAAACAUACAUAUGUGUUAUAUGACUGCAUAAGACACUCAUAUACUGCAGAUAACAGACCUACAACUAUUUCCAUAAUAAAAGAGAGCUGUUGGGAGG